UCUUCUCGCGCUGAGCUGUAAAACACCUCCGCAGCCCGAGCAGCGCAGCUGGCGCGUGCGCACAGCAGUCGCUUCCCGUCCGGAUCGACGGCACCCGGAGCCGCGAGACGCAGAGUGAUGGGACGCAGGUGAGGAGGUUACACCGAGCGAUCACUCUCCCGACCGGUUAUGACAGGUGGCACACAGAUGUGAAGGAUGACUUCGUGCCCUGAGAUCUGUGGGUCGGAGUAUUUGGACCGUGGUGCGGAGCAGACCAGGGGUGGGCCCCAGCGCUACGGCGUGCGCUCCUACCUCCACCAGUUCUACGAGGACUGCACGGCGUCCAUCUGGGAGCGUGAUGAUGAUUUUCAGACACAGAGAUCGCCAAGCAGGUGGAGCUCUGUGCUCUGGAAGGUCUGCCUCACGCUCGGAGCCCUGAUCGUGGUCGCCGGCCUCUCCGUGCUCCUGGUGGGCUACGCCACCCCUCCACGGCUGGAGGCCUUCGGCGAGGACGAGCUCCUCUUUGUGGACGUCCGCGCCGUGCACUUCAACCGGGCCCUGGACGCCUGCAAGUUGGCGGGCGCCGUGCUGUUCUGCGUGGGCGGCAGCGGCGUUGCGGCGGGGCUCCUCCUGGCUGCGUGCGUGCAGGGUGGCUCCAAGGAGGAGCACCGCCUCCAGCAGCGGCGCUUCCGGGAACGUCUUGCAGAGAUCCAGGCGUCCGUGCAGCCCCUCACCCGCGCUCCCACGCCCGGAGAGGCCAAGGUUCCCGUCACGCUCUCCAAGGUUCAGAGCGUCCAGCCCAGCGCCGAGACCUGACCCCCCUGGUCCAGCCCCUCGCGUCGCCAGGGAGAUGACCCCGGACCCAAUGCGUAGUGUGACACACCACGAUGGCUCCGGAUCUCGUAGACCUAGGAAAACACUGCAGCUAUCCUAAUGCAUACUGUCAGUCUAUAUAAACCAAGAGUAUUUCUGGUAACUGAGGUAUUAUACAGCACUUGUUAACCAGUGCUACUGAAACUAAGCUAAAUAGCACAUGUAUUCUGCUACACUCAUGCACAGAGGACUGCUGAGUGCCCACCAAAAUUGUAAAAGAAAAAUCUUGGAUCAGUUUUAGGCAGCUGGUAGUGGAAGCUCCUUGAUGCUGGAAUCACAAUUGGAAGGUCGAUUUCCAUGACGCACGUUAAUCUCAGACCAACACUGAACCGUGUUUGACGCCACACUCUAGUUUAAAGCUACCCAUAUUUACUUCGAGCUACAUAAACAUUAUUCUUUAAAGCAGUUGCUCUCGCCUUAAGGAGAUUCUAAAUUCCCCAGACUCGUCUAGAGCUCAGAGAAACUUUUGUCAGCCAGUAUAUGCGUAUUUCAAAUAAACCAGCAAUGAAAAUGGUAUCUGCAGACUCGAGGUGGCUAAGACGCAGGUUAGGACCACAGCACCUCAGACACCACAGCCAUCAGUUGUAAACCCAGAGCGCUGCACUGAAGUCCUCUUCUUUCCAAACUAGACCCACUCCAUGCACCAGACGACGUGGCAAAUCGCUCCAGUCCAGUAAAGUGUGAAAGCCAUUAAAAGGUUGUGCAGUUUAGCUGCUUUCCUUAUGGCUUCAGAAUCAAAAUGUCCUCUCGUUGUAAUUCCUGAGACGUUUUUAUGUUAAAGAUGGCAGUGCACUGGUGCCCUCGAUGUCGACUUCUCUCCAGCCACUCGUUAAACAUCUUGUGAAACACUUCAAACUAAUUAUUGUUGGUGUCUACCAUAAAAGCUACUUUAAAAAGCUAGAAAUAAAUGCAUCCAGCUUGUCGCAAUUCACAAUCUAAAUAUGACAUUCCAGUGAGAAUUUUGCAAUGAAUGUUAAUACAAAUAUCUAUCUAAGUAACUUUUUUUUUUUUUUUUUUUUUAACAAAUAGUUUGACCAAAUGGUUUAUGGAAAAUUGGUAAUAGUCCAAAACCAACGCUUUCUGUCCCGCGCAUGGUUAUGUUGGUAGAUUACAAACAUUCCCACAGGAUUUUACACAAAAAAAUCAAAUAAAAUUGCUGUUUAUUUUCUAACACUGCAAAGACUUGUGACAGCCUUAGUAUGUAAAGCACAAAUAUCUCUUUACAGUUAAGUUUACUUACAUUUGCGCUUACCUUUGUAACAAAUCCUGCUAUUCUCGGUGCUUACACCACCCAGAUGCGUUAUAUGCAAACCCAGUGAAAGUGAUGCUGAAAGAGGCAGAAUGAAAUCUAAAUCAGGCUUCCUCUGAGAGAUCGGCAACAUUAUCUAAACGCAUCUCUCCUACCUUCUUCUCAUGGUCAUCUCUGAAAAAGCUCACUGUGAAAUCCACGCAGCUCCCUCAGUGGAGAACACCUGACGUGCGCCACAACACUGUUUUGUGCUGUUGUCGCUUGUGGCUUUUUUGGAGUAUCUUUCAACCAUAAUCGAUUAGCAACGUGCAUCCAUAUAGGGUAGGAGGUGAAAAUGACAUUUAAUGCCCACAUAGACCAAUAAGCUAUAUGUUACUUUUGGUCACUUCUCCUAGAGUCACUGCGUUCAGUGCAAAAACUGCUUGCUUACACGAUUAACAUUAAAUAUAGAGAUCUGUGGUAAUAUUAGAGCAUUUAUAUAUAAGCUAUAUAUUUCACUCAGACAAGCUGACAUUUGACAAGUGAGUUAAUGCGAAAUGAUUCAUACUGGCUUCCUUCCAUUUUAGCAUUGCACUCCAUUUAAAAACGUCACAUAACGACUAAAUGUGGAGCGAUCUUUCCAUAUCGCAGCUUUUGCCCCUCGAGGAAUGCAAGGACGUCUGUUAUUUUUUAGGUAUCAUCAUCAUGCCACAAAUUCAUACCAGUAGCAGUUUUUAUUUUCACUGACAAUAGAUAUAUCGCAUGCCAAAAAAGCCGUGAUCCAAAAGAGCUGAAACACGGUAUCACGGCGCGACGUAAGAAACAAGACGUCAGCUAGCUGCACUCUAACGUACUGCAUCCGAAACAUUCAAAAACAGCUGGCUUAAAAUAUUACCUGUAUUACGUCUGUGUACGUCAGCGUUACACCGAUGGCGUAAGUGGUUUUCAGGUAGGUAAGGCCUUCUCUGUAACUAUUCCAGAGACCUUCUGAAUUCUGUGGGGUACUGCAGAUUAUGACUUGCUUUCUGUUGCAAUAGAAAAGUGUGAAGUAAUCCAGAAAACAGCGGAGAUGUUCAAAGAUAUGAUUUCUGCGCUCUUGGUCUGUUUUUAUUUUUGUUUUUCUUGACAAAGUAAUAAAGGUGCACUUAAUGCUGGC